AAAAAAUCCGAAACCUCUACUUGUAUCCACAGUAAUAAGUGAAAUAGUCUGUGUGAAGGAGAAAGGAAAGAAAAUGCGUGUCAUGGUUUGUGUGAUUGGUUUCAUGGGGCGAAUUGUCAUGCUGAUUUUACGGCAUGGAAAUCUGGCUACUAAGAUAUAGACAACCAAAGCUCAUGUACUGUCUUUGGAUUAUGUCUGACAGUACAGACAUGACUACUGAGAUGACAACUGCCAAGAAUCAACCAACCAGUGAUGUUGUAACUAGAAAUGAGGCUUCAACGACAAUCCUACCUGCACCUAUUACAAGUCAAUCAACUUCAACUAAAGCAACUACGUCAAUGUUAUCUUCGGAUUCCAGUGCAUCAAUGGUCAUCAGUGAUGCCACAACUCAACCAGCUUCUACUGCCACUCCUGAUAAUGCCGCUACAAUUCCAAUUAAUGGAACGUCAAGUGAAGCCCCUAAAGAACAAUCUAGCUCACCUGCUCCAGCUAGCCAAUCUAAUCCAACUAGCUCACCUACUCCAGCUAACCCAUCUACUUCAACUAGCCCAUCUAAUCCAACUAGCUCACCUGCUCCAGCUAGCCAAUCUAAUCCAACUAGCUCACCUACUCCAGCUAACCCAUCUAAUCCAACUAGCUCACCUGCUCCAACUAACGUAUCUGCUUCAACUAGCCCACUUGCUUCAACUAGCCCACCUGCUUCAGCUAACCUAUCUGCUUCAACUAGUACACCUGUUGUAACUAGCCCAUAUAUAUCUAGCCCAUCUAAUUCAACUAACCCAUCUGCUUCAACUAGCCCACUUGCUCUAGCUAGCCCAUCUGCUUCAACUAGCCCACCUGCUUCAGCUAACCUAUCUGCUUCAACUAGCCCAUCUGUUACAGCUAGCUCAUCUAUAUCUAGCCCAUCUAAUUCAACUAGCCUUCUUGCUUCAGCUAGCCCAUCUGCUUCAACUAGCCCUACUUCAUCUCACCUACCUAAUUCAACAAGCACAUCUAUUACAGCUAGAACAUUAAACUUACCAAGUUCAUCAGCUCCUGGAAAUACAUCAAAAAGCUCUGCCUCAGCUGUUACCACCUCUUCAGCAGCACCACUGACACAGGUAGAAUGUGUUAUCCAAAAAGGUGAAAGUACUGAGUCUACAUGGAUUUUAAAUGACAACAGAACAUGUGAAGAUUUUAAAGCAUCCAAAGGAUUGAAAUUGGCAGAAAAGUUGUGUUCCUGGCUGAACAUCGGCUCCAGUUGUAGCCUAACAAUGACGAAUACAAAGGAUGGAGCCAUUGAACUCUUGGGACUUACUGUUAACAUGAAUCAAGAUAACUUGAAACAGAAAUUUGGUGAUAUAAACGAUUUUCUAAAUGAGUCCAAAGAUGAAAACCGCUCUGGUGACUAUUCUACACUGAUUGCGAUUCUCCUUUCGAGUGGGGUUCUUCUGUGCAUAAUCAUUGGCUUCAGUGCGUAUGCUACACGUCAAAGAAGAUCCUAUAGGAAGAAACGGCAUCAACUCACAGAAGAGCUACAGACUGUUGAAAAUGGUUACCAUGACAACCCUACACUGGAGGUAAUGGAGGUCCAGCCCGAGAUGCAGGAGAAGGCGGCCAACCUGAACAGUGAUGAUGGCUAUAUUGUUCCAAUUGACAACCUCACCAAGGAGGAACUAGACGGGGAAGAGGACACCCACUUAUAAACCAAACGUUCAACACUGUACAUCUCUGUGGCGUUCAAAAAAAAAUGGACAGAAUGGCAUAUGAAUGAUAUCUUUUCAUAGAAGGCUUACUUCUAUUAUGUGAGAGUUAGAGAAAUCUGCUGUAGAAAUCUACUGCAGAAAUUAUACCCACUCUCCGCUCCACUCCUUAAAAUGUAUUAUAUUGAGAACAUUGUGCUUUUGUUUGAAAAAUGUUUGUAGUUGUAGAGUGACCUUGAAAUGAAAAUUUUAGUAGCAGACUUUUGUGAAAUGUACUGAACAAAGUGAUGAAUAUGUUCAAAUUUAAUCUGUGACAAAAUGAUCUAAAUACUGCAUCAGGGGUUGGCACCACGCCAAGUGAGUGACGAACAUUUAAAAAAAUAAAUAAAAAAUAAAAUUAAUUUUGCCCCAGACAGAGUAAGGGCUGUACAAUUCCGUGAGUGUGUGUUAAAUGUAUUCGCUGCCAUGGACAUGCAUGUCACUGUACGGACAAGUUGUCGACCCCUGUACUGCAUGUAAUCACCCAGUAAUUACUAAGCGGUUACAAAAUUAUGUAGUGGAGUCUUUUUCAUUUGAUCCAGCAGUUUUUCAAAUAUUGUUUGUUGUUACUGCCAUCUCUUCAUAUUGGCGCUUUUAGGGCAUGUAGACAUACAUGUGCGUUUUUAACCCCUACCCUUAACUUUUUAUGAAGUUUGCAAUCAUUCAGAAUGUUUCCAAGUUCUAUUUUGAGAAUGUUCAAUCUAACUGGCUUGCGUGCAGGCUUACCACCCUGUCUAUCCUACACACAAGUAAACCUAUGUGUUUCUAAACUUUAUUUUACAAUACUAAAUGAUUGCGUUAUGUAUGUGAAAAAGUUUAAUACAGUCCUUACUCCGUGAAACAAUUAUAUGCGGUCUAUAUAAGGUAAUAGUCACUUGAAAGUUACCACAUUUACAAUCAUACAGUAUUUGUGAGCCGGCCUGUGAAAACACACAUAGCAUCUACACCUUUUCUGCUACCCUCCUAUAAGGUUUCACAGGAAGGAAAAGCAAUUAAAUAAUUCUGCAUGUUUGAAAUGUGUACAGGAUUCAGAUUUUUUUAAACAAUCAAUGUAUUUUUGUUCUAAUAAUUACAUUGUGGCUAUAAAAAAAUAAAUAAAUCCAGAGCAGCAGAAUGUGGCAGUGUGCUGCAAGUUACACAGUGCCAAACAACUAUUGCCAAAUUUCUGGGUGGACAAUACCCAGGGGACUGAAGUUCACAUUAGGUUUUCAUUACCCACUAAAUGGAGUGUGGGUGUGUGUUCAGAUCACUUCCUAUUCAGUUAAUUCCCAAUUACAUUUUUUUUGUUUUUGUUUUGCUGCUUAAUAACUAAGAAUGUUUUUACAGAAUAAUUUGAGGCACAAAUUUGGACACAAUCUAUGCAUUUUAUAUUGAAGAACUUAUUUCAAGACAUAACUAUACUUAUUUGUUUGUAUACUGAGUGGAUAAAAUUUUUUUUAAAAAAUGAAGUUUUAUACCGCUUAGUAUUUAAAAAGUCUGACGCAAUAUAGUUCUAAACUAAAUUAUUCAUGCAAGCAAAAAGGAGAAUUGCAUCAAAAUCUUAACUAUAGGAUAUGGGUUCUUUCUGUAUUUUUCUUCUAAAUAAUGUAUUUUUUUUUUAAAAUAUUGCAACAUAUGCUGUAGUAGCGCUGAAAAAUGUAACAACACUGUUUAAUCUUAACGUAUUGUUACUCAAAAAAUAUAUAACAUCAUAAGCUCAAUGUUGAAGUUUAUAAACAAAUGCUUUGAUAUUUCUGAAGUUCUAAAUACAAUAUAUAUGCUCUUGAAUGAAUGAAAGCUUGGUCUUAAUUACUAUGUUGUGUGUGACGUAGAAAUCACAAGAUUGUGGUUUGUCUUUGUAUAGUACUUAGUUAAUAGCCAGUUUGUUUUGCCUUGACCAUGAACAUAUAAGGUACAAGGCAUUGCUGUGGUUCUGUGAAAACACAGUACUAAAGUUAGCCUGUUGGAUAUUCAGAAUGCCGUACAAAAAGACGUUUUAAACAGACGAUUAGCAUGACUGUCUAAUACGUGUUACUUUAAAUGUAAUGUCAUAUUUUAAGACAGUAUAUGCAUUUGUGAUCAGACCAAUAGUCUGAUUCCCUUAACUUAAUGUAAACUUACUUAAAAUGUUGCAAGGAAUUCAAUUGUAUCACUGUUUAACCUUUGUGCCCUGUAUCACAAGGUGAAUUUUACUUUACAAUAGUUAAAAGGAAUGGUUUGGUGUUCUAAGACAGCACAAUGCUUAAAUGCAAAACAAAAAGAAAAAAAUGGUAUUGAAUAUGCAAAUAAACAGGCAAAUUACAUGCACCUUCAGUAUAUACUUGGAUUAACAAACUUGUUAUAAAUCUAACCAAGCUAUCAAUGUGCAUAAUGAUAAUGUUUUUAAGAACUGAAGUCUGACACACUGGAAUUUGUACCAGUAACUGGAUUGAAUGUUUUACACAA